UUGUCGGUUGUCAAGAGUAACAGCCAAAGCAUUUCAGAUGAUGGCUCAACCCCAUCACCGAAGCGUGAUUUUGAAUCAAUGCAUGGUGUCCCAGCCGGAUCUUCCACUUCGAAGAAGCAUUGCCCCAAGCAACUUCCUACAGAGGCCAGUAGAGAGCUGGUCAAUCCGGAUGGACUAAUUAGCCAGCAUCCUGAAGCAAAUAAAAGCGAAGCUAAGCUCCACCAACUCACCGAGAAUUGA